AUUCGCCGCCAUGGGAAGCCGCCGGGCGGUCGCGCUGCCGCUGCUGCUGCCGCUGCUGCUCGCGUGCACGGCCGUCCACGCCGCGCAACUGCCGCCGUACUUGUCCAAGUGCCCGACGCGGGAGCGCGUGCAGUUCAACGAGUGCGUGCUUCGCCAGGCGCAGAAAGCCAUCGACCAUCUCGGCUCUCAAGGUGACCGAAAAUUUGGAUUUUCUCCUACAGACCCGAUUCACUUCCCCCUUAUAGAAACCGAUAGCAAUGGCUUCAACUUGAAGUUCAUCAAUCUGAAGAUCGCCACUGACCCGCCACAAGCUUACAAAGUGGACUCCGUUGACAUGGACCUUGACCGGAAGCACCUGGACUUCGCGUACUCCGCGCCUGUGCUGAACAUGAUCUCCAAAUACGAGACGGAUGGCCGGAUCCUCAUUCUUCCGGUGAAGGGAGACGGAGAAGCCCUACUUCGCAUCGAUGGCUACAAGGCAAAAUUUUCCGCAGAUUUUGAUGUCGUGAAGAACAAACAAGAUGGUUUGGACUAUGUCAAACUCAAAAACACGAAGUACAGUUCAGAUGUGUCGAAAGUCUCAUAUAAUUUCACUAAUCUCUUCAAUGGGGAUCAAACGCUUGGGAAAGCCACCAACGAUUUCCUUAACUCCAAUUGGAAGGACGUAUUCGAAGAAACCAAAUGGAGUACGUUUGAAGCCAUCAGGCAGUUCAUGACAUCACAGAUCCAGAACUUUUUCGAUCGCGUUUCUUACAACGAAGCAUUUCCUCAAUAACUUUCAAUGGUUUUUGAUAUUUUUCACGAUCUCAGCUGAUGAAUAUCCUGACGGUCAAUGCUGAUUGCUUGAAUAUUGCUUUUUUGUCUCCUUAAGAAAUACGCUUGGCAAAGACACUAGGAGAUGCUGUCGCAAGGUUAUUUUGUUUGUGUUAUCAAUAAUUUAUUUUCACCUUUACAUAGAUGUAAAAAUUAUCAUAAAACCUAUAAUAAAUAUAGCUGUAAAUAUAUGUAUAAUGCAUUUCACUUAACUUUAUUAUUACCUAAUCCAGUGUUCAUUGAACAAUUAUAGAAAUGUUGUGAAAGCUAUGUAUAGAUUUUUCUAC